AAUUCGUGAGCUUUUGUGUCAGUCUGCGUCUGAACGUGUAACGAAAAAGUUUUAAGAUAUUUCUUCUCGAAAUAAGAGUAGAAAAAAGCGAAAAGAAAAGCGGAAAUAAUUUUGGCGUGAUUAAGGAAUAACUAAAAACUAAAUAUAAAACUAAUAAAAAAUACUCGUUUAAAUAAUUACCACAAAUUUUUAUAAAAUAUUUUCUAUGCAAGAAAAAAAUAAUUUUCUUUAAAUAAAAUCUGCAAUAAAUAAAAACUCAAAAAAAAAAAGACAAAAACAAAUCACAACAAGUGUGUAUAAUUUAGUGGAAGACCGCUUGAGAGUUAUUUGCUGUGCACAGCUAAUGAAGAGAUUGCCAAAAACGCCCACGCAAUCGACGCCGCAUUUAAGCUAAUUUCAUUUCGGCUGGCAAUUAUUACCAAAAAAAAAAAAACUAAAAUAAAAACAAUCAACAGAAUAUUAAGAAAAAAUAUUAGCGGUGAAUUUUACGAGAUUCUUCAUUUAACAAAAGCAAACAUACGUAUGCAGUUUGGUACAUAAUUUUCUGACCACAAGUGGCACUGUGCGCGACUACCAUUUCAAUGUGUUGUUGUUGUUGAUGUUUUGGAAAAUUUUUGUAUUUGUGAGAAAUUAACAGCUGUUAACUGCUUGUGGCGAGUUAAUAAGUAAAAUUAAACUAAACUUAAAUAAACAGAUAUACGAAAAUCCACAUAAACUUGAAAUAUAUGUAAAUAAACAAACGCAUUACUAAAACCACUGCGAAACAAAUAAAUAACUAACGAAAAAUGGGUUGUGCCACGACAACUGUAAAAAUAUCUUCAAUUCUCUUCAAUACACUUUUGGCGCUUUUUGGUAUUGCCGCCAUCGUACUGAUUGCGGUCAAUUCUGGAGCCGUGCCCGAUGAUUGGGAUACACCAGCCUUUAUAAUCUUCGGAUUGGUGGUACUAUUUGCUAUUAUCGGUUGCGUGGCAGCGCUGCGCGAGUCCAUUUGCCUCACUGUGACUUGCGCUGUUUUCUUGCUACUGCUAGCUAUUCUACAAAUUGCCGUAACUAUUAUUAUUCUGAAUGACCGUCAAACACAAAGUGGCAUUGGUAGAGUCGAAGAUGCUUGGGACCACGACAAAAUGGAUGCUUUGCAAUCGAAAUAUGAAUGCUGCGGCAAAGAUAGUUCACAGGAUUAUAUAUUGUUGAAUCGGCAAAUACCACUCAGCUGCUACACCGAUCAAAAUGACGCAGAUGCUAAUAAAAUGUAUACGGAAGGUUGCAGCGCCAAAUUGCAGCGUUACUAUGACAGUGAGACGACGACCAUCGCCACUGCUUCGUGGGUGAUUGCCGCACUUGAGGUACUUGGCUUUUUGCUGGCCGUAUUUUUGGUCAUUAAUUUCCGCAAUAAACAACGACGCAUGCAGUUCUAGAGAAGUAGCGUUCGCUGUGGAACAGUACAAAUUUAUGUGUAACGCCUUGAAUAGUGAAGGAUGUUGCGGGAAUAAUACUCGUAUUUUGCUUGAUAUAUUCAUAGAAAUGCCUUUUCACUUGUGCAAUUAUUGUAAUUUAUUUGUUGUAUAUUUAUUGUAUUCAAUAUUCACUAAAGUCACCGGAGUGCAAUCGAUUAAAGACAAAGUGAUUGUUUAA